AUGUCUGAUAUCGACCAUCCCUCGGAUACGAUCUUUCCGCCGGAGCUCGAAUAUGUGAUCUUCAAGCUUGCGGCUGGGCAGGAUCGGGGGAGCAUACCGCGGCUGAUGCUCGUCGCUUGGCGGGUGAAAGAAUGGAUCGAGCCGCUGAUGUACCAGCCGCUGCUUUUUGAAAGUCAAAUCACGCGCGAUAACAACCUUGGGCCUGUCUUCCCGUUCGAGCGGCUGCCGCAGCUUAGUCCAAAUGUGGCUGCUGGCGUGAAAAGCAGUAUAUUCCCCGCUGCGUCCGUCCUGGCCAUCCUGGACAAGCUGCCGUCCCUCGAGAACGUGUUUCUCUCUGUCGCGGAGAAGCUCUACACCGACUCCGAGCCCGGCGAGCCGCUCCCUGCGGCGUUCACGCGGCUGCCCUUCCGCCAUCUGUAUUGCGCGCUGGGGGACCUUUUGUUCCUCCCGGCACUCGAUUCCCUCGAGUACCACUGCUUCGCGGGCCUCACGCAUUUCGAGCUCUUCUCCGAGCCCACCCGCUGGGGCGUCGACACCUCGCCCUGGCCGGCCAACCGCAAUUCGUGGGCGCUGAUCGCCGCGCUGCCGAGCCUCACGCACUUUGCGCUAAACAACGUCUAUCCCGCGAGUCUGAUCGGGUUCCUCCUGUCUGCUUGCACGCGCCUCACGUGCCUUGUGCUCCUCAGCGUUGCGGCGCGGGGCGGGCGGUACCCACCUGCCGUCGCACAUGACCCGCGGUUCGUUGUCAUGCGGCCGAGUUUUGUCGUCGGGUACCUCCGGGACUGGGUCAGCGGUGCGGAGGGCGGGCCCGAUUACUGGGCGCGCGCGGAUGCCUUUAUCGCGGAGCGGCGGGCGCGGCAGCGGACAGGCGGCGAAGAUGAUACCUUCAUCUAUCCGGGCGAGCCGGAGUCAGAUACGUCUGACUCGGAGUGA